CUGACAGGGGAGGGGGCGCCGGCCAUGGUGCCCGCGCUGCGCUACCUGGGCGGGGCCUGCGGGCGGGCCCGCGGGGGCUUCCCGGGGGCCUUCUCCGCGGGGUGCGGGCCCGCGCCGGGGGGGCCCUGGCUGCUGUGCCGCGGUGGCCGCAGGGCCAGCACCAGCUCAUUUGAUGUAGUCAUUGUCGGUGGUGGAAUUGUGGGGCUUGCCUCUGCCAGAGCACUCAUCCUGCGGCAUCCAGCACUUUCCAUUGGUGUUCUGGAAAAGGAGAAAGAUUUAGCUGUUCACCAGACUGGACAUAACAGUGGUGUCAUACAUAGUGGAAUUUAUUAUAAACCUGAAUCUCUGAAAGCUAAAUUAUGUGUGCAAGGCGCAGCCCUCAUCUAUGAGUACUGUAACCAAAAGGGAAUUUCCUACAAGCAAUGUGGCAAGCUUAUAGUAGCUAUUGAACAAGAAGAAAUUCCCAGACUUCAGGCCCUAUAUGAGAGGGGCCUGCAGAAUGGUGUCCAGGGCCUGAGGCUGAUCCAGCCGGAGGAUAUAAAAAAGAAGGAGCCAUAUUGUAGGGGUCUGAUGGCUAUUGAUUGCCCGUAUACUGGCAUUGUGGACUAUCGGCAGGUGGCUUUGUCAUUUGCCCAGGAUUUCCAAGAAGCGGGUGGCUCUGUCUUGACCAGUUUUGAAGUAAAAGAUAUUGAAAUGGCUAAAGAAAGCCCUUCAGGAAGUGAAGAUGGGAUGACAUAUCCAAUUGUUAUAAGGAAUACAAAGGGAGAGGAGGUUCGGUGUCAGUACGUUGUGACAUGUGCAGGACUUUACUCAGACCGAAUUUCAGAGUUGAGUGGCUGCAAUCCUGAUCCUCAAAUUGUACCGUUCCGGGGAGAUUACCUUGUCUUGAAGCCAGAAAAACGCUAUCUUGUGAAAGGAAACAUUUAUCCGGUUCCAGAUAGCCGGUUUCCUUUCCUGGGAGUUCACUUCACACCGAGGAUGGAUGGCAGUGUUUGGCUAGGGCCCAAUGCAGUGCUGGCCUUUAAGCGAGAGGGCUACAGACCCUUUGACUUCAGUGCCAGAGAUGUUAUGGAUGUCAUUGUCAAGAGUGGCUUGAUUAAACUGGUGUUCCAGAAUUUCUCUUAUGGAGUUAAUGAGAUGUACAAAGCCCUUUUUCUCAGUGCAACAGUGAAGCACCUUCAAAAGUUUAUCCCUGAAAUUACUAUCAGUGACAUACAUAGAGGUCCAGCUGGAGUACGUGCCCAAGCCCUGGACAGAGGUGGAAAUCUGGUGGAAGACUUUGUGUUUGAUGGAGGUAUUGGGGACAUUGGAAAUCGCAUUCUUCAUGUGAGAAAUGCACCUUCCCCUGCUGCCACUUCUUCCCUGGCAAUUUCUGGAAUGAUUGCAGAUGAAGUGCAACAGAGAUUUAAAUUGUAAAUAGUGGAAGGAGCUAGGUAUGCAUUUUAAUAUCCACAUUCAGCAACAAGAAUGUACCAAUUGCAUUCUUUAAUUUUAAGAAAAAUGCUUUGAAAAUAUCAAUUUUAGGUAUCUCAUUUAGAUGACCACUGAAUAUUAAAAUGAUGUAACAUAGAAAUAAUAACUUUU